AUGGUGUCGAGCGCAGCCUACGCGAAGCCGCUCUCGCGCUUCGCCAAACCCGUUCUCCUGCCCGCCUCGAUCGCAGCCAUCGCAUAUGCUGCGUAUACGGGACGCGCCAAUGGCGCCGAGCUUGCGCGCAAGUUCUUCACAGGUCCGGGUAGCAAGAGCCGCAUGGUUGCGCUGCUGAUGGUGCUGGUGAACUGGAAGAGUCUACCCCUGGCAUGGACGGUACGAAUCUUCAACACCAUGAUCUCGCAUCUCCUUGUGCGCCCCUUCCACGAGCUAGGCCCCGAAGCGCUCUUCCAUCCGAUCAUCUCCCAGACGCACGUCACGCUCCUCGAGGUCGACUACAACGUCCACAAGUCCAACAGCACCUACUUCGCCGACCUGGACGUCUCGCGCUCGCACCUGGCGUCGCACCUGUUCGCGCGUGGGAUCCGGGCCCUGGGCAACAACGAAGCCACCCGGCUGGUCAAGGACCCCUCGGACCCGACGAUGCCCGCCCGUGGCCGCUUCGGCGUCAGCCUGGGCGCCGUACAGUGCAGCUUCAAGCGCGAACUCAAGCCCUACCAGCGCUACGAAAUGUGGACGCGCGUGCUCAGCUGGGACCGCAAGUGGCUGUACCUGGUCACCCACUUUGUCGAGGCCGGCGCUGUCAAGCCGCGCUCGUGGGACAACCCCAAGAACUUUGGCCCGACGCGGGCGGCCGAGGGCAAGCCCGAGGACUGGGAGCGCAAGAUCCACGCCAGCGCCGUCAGCAAGUACGUCUUCAAGAUCGGCCGGCUGACCGUCCACCCGGCCAUUGUCAUUGGCGCGAGCGGACUCCUGCCCGAGAGGCCCGAGGGGUGGGUCAGCACCGACAGCAGCGGCAUGGUGACGCCGGCGGAGCCCGUCGUUGGCAACACGGACGAGGCGCACAAGAACGAAGAGGAAGUGACCGGGUGGGACUGGACGAGAAUCGAGAAGGAGAGGUUGAAGGGCCUGGAGUUUGCACAGAACUUUGCCGCCCUGGACGGACUGAUCGGCCAGUUCGAUGGUGGAGAGGACGGUGCUUUGGGUAGAUUUGGGUUGGGUUGA